AUGGGUUCUAUCAGGGAAGCGCCUACUGAUCUAAAGCUUCCCUUCAUCGACUUCUCAAAGCCUCAUCUGAAACCAGGCACUCCCCAUUGGGAUUCCUUGAAAUCCCAAGUUCGAGAAGCACUCGAAAACUAUGGCUGCUUCGAAGCUUCCUUCGAAAGGGUUCCUAGCAAGCUUCGAAGCGAUGUUUUCGAUUCAUUGGAGGAGCUUUUCGAUCUGCCUUUGCCAACCAAACAAAGAAGUGUCGUUCCAAACGCAUUUCAUCAAGGUUACUUGGGGCAGCAUCCUUUGUAUCCGUUCUUUGAGAGCUUUGGGUUAGAGGAUCCUACCUUGCUUGAAGUGAUCCGGAACUUCUCCAACACAUUGUGGCCCCAAGGAGGAAACCCAAGUUUCAGCAAAAACAUUCACUCCUUGUCUGAGAUGGUCUCCGAAUUGGACCAAACGGUGAGGACAAUGACACUGGAGAGUUUUGGGCUCGAGAAAUAUAUGGACGAACACAUGAGUUUCGCAAGUUAUCAUUUGAGGGUCAUGAAAUACGAAGCAAUUGAUUCCCAAGCUACCUUAGAUCCACAACUUGUGCUGAGAGUCCACACCGAUAAAGGUCUCAUCACCAUACUGUGCCAGAAUGAGGUCGAGGGACUGGAGUUUGAAACCAAGAAAGGCGAGUGGGUUAAAUACACGCCAACCUCUCCUAGCUCUUUCGUCGUCUUGGCUGGCGAUUCUCUUCAUGCAUGGCUGAACGGUAGGGUUCACUAUCCCUAUCAUAGGGUAAGGUUGUGUGGAAACGAUAAGCCGAGGUAUUCGUUUGGCCUUUUCACAACCCCGAAGGACGAAAGCACUGUGAAAGCUCCAGAAGAACUGAUUGACGAACAACACCCGUUAUUGUUCAAGCCCUUUGUUUAUAAGCAGUAUCUUGACGUGGCUUUUACCCAAGCUGGCCGUAAAGAGGCUGCUCCUUUACGUGCAUUUUAUGGCCUCUAA